AUGGCUCAAAAAGCGAAAAAGGACCGCGCCAAGUCCAACGCGGCGUCCCUCAACAGCCUGCACACCGGCACCCUCAUCGUCCACGCGCUCUUCCUCCUCUCCAACUUCCUCUUCCGAUCCCGCUCCCUCCUCGCGUACGCCCUCCUCUCCGUCCCGAGCCUCGUCUGCGAGUACAUCCUCGAGACGUCCGGCCGGCCCAAGUACGAUGCCGCGACGGGCGCCCUCAAGACGUCCGGCGAGGACCUGGCGGCCGCCGGCCUGACGGAGUACAUGUUCGACGUCAUCUGGGUGACGUGGGCGUCUCUCGUGGCCGUGAUUUUGUUUGGAAACUGGGGCUGGAUCCUGUUCGCUACUGUCCCUGCGUACGGCGCAUACAUGGGCUACGGACUGUUGGGCAUGGGCAAGAAUGCGCUGGCUCAGAUGCAGGACGGGGGCAAUGCCGGCAACGCUGCGCCGCAGGGAAACCGUCGGUCACGAAGGACUGCAUAA